CGACGCCCCCCCUCCCCCCUCGGCCGCGCGCCCGGUGCGGGAGCGAGCCCGAGGCCGCCGUCAUCCGGGCACUGCGGCGGGAACAUGGCCGAUGUUGUUCAGAACUAGAUUGUAGAAACAGAAAGAAAAAUGAAAGUCGAUAGAACAAAGCUGAAGAAAACGCCAACUGAAGCGCCUGCUGACUGCCGAGCUCUUAUCGAUAAGCUGAAGGCCUGCAGUGAUGAACAGCUCCUGACAGAACUUCAGCAAAUCAAGACAUGGAAUAUUGGAAAGUGCGAGCUGUACCACUGGGUGGACAUGCUGGAUCGGUUCGAUGGGAUUUUAGCAGAUGCUGGGCAGACAGUGGAGACCAUGUCCUGGAUGCUGGUGUGCGACCGGCCAGAAAACGAGCAGCUCAAAGCCCUCCUCCUGGCGGUCCUGAACUUCACAGCCCUGCUCAUUGAGUACAGCUUUUCAAGACAUCUGUACAGUUCCAUCGAACACCUGACUACGUUAUUAGCAUCAUGUGACAUGCAAGUGGUGCUGGCUGUAUUAAAUCUGCUGUAUGUAUUCAGCAAGAGAUCAAAUUAUAUCACUAGGCUUGGAUCUGAUAAGAGGACUCCUUUGUUGUCAAGACUGCAGCACUUAGCAGAGAGUUGGGGUGGAAAGGAGAAUGGUUUUGGCCUCGCAGAGUGCUGCCGUGACUUGCAGAUGUCGAAGUACCCACCUAGUGCAACAACACUACACUUUGAGUUCUAUGCAGAGCCAAGUGCCGAGGUGAAGUUGGACAAAAAGGCCACGACAAACAACACACUACAUUACAUUCACAUAGAGCAGUUAGAUAAGAUAUCUGAAAGCCCUUCUGAAAUUAUGGAGUCCUUAACCAAAAUGUACAGUAUCCCAAAGGAUAAGCAGAUGCUACUGUUUACACAUAUACGGCUAGCUCAUGGCUUCUCGAAUCAUAAGAAGAGACUGCAAGCGGUGCAAGCAAGGUUGCAUGCGAUCUCUAUAUUAGUUUACUCUAAUGCGCUCCAAGAGUCUGCCAACAGCAUAUUGUACAAUGGUCUGAUAGAGGAGCUGGUGGAUGUUCUACAGAUCUCUGACAAGCAGCUAAUGGAUAUUAAAGCCGCUUCCUUGCGGACAUUGACGUCGAUUGUCCAUCUUGAACGGACACCCAAGCUGAGCAGCAUUAUAGACUGCACGGGGACGGCGUCGUACCAUGGUUUCCUGCCUGUGCUGGUGCGAAACUGCAUUCAGGCCAUGAUCGAUCCAUCAAUGGAGCCAUAUCCCCAUCAGUUUGCAACAGCGCUGUUCUCGUUUCUCUACCACCUGGCCAGUUACGACGCAGGCGGUGAGGCCCUGGUCUCCUGUGGAAUGAUGGAAGCUUUACUGAAGGUGAUCAAGUACCUCGGUGACGAGCAGGAUCAGAUCACCUUUGUGACCAGGGCAGUCCGAGUGGUUGACCUCAUCACCAACCUGGACAUGGCUGCGUUCCAGUCGCACAGUGGACUGGCUGUGUUCAUCAACCGGCUAGAGCAUGAAGUUGAUAUUUGCAGGAAGGAGUGUCCUUUUGUCAUCAAGCCAAAGAUUCAGCGAUCAAGCACGGCUCAGGAGGGAGAGGAAAUGGAGACGGAUUCUGAAGUUUCAGAUAUCGUGAUGGAGAGCAGUCCAGGUCCCUCGACAUCAACCACUGAGGCCAGGCCAGAAGGAGAGUCGAGAGGGCCAAAUACUGUCAUGAGUUACCCACCGAGGACCGGCGUCCAGUGCAUUCCCCAGCGUGCGGCUCUGUUGAAAUCCAUGCUGAACUUCUUGAAGAAGGCCAUUCAAGAUCCCGCCUUCUCGGAUAGCAUCCGACAUGUAAUGGAUGGUUCCCUGCCUACCUCACUGAAGCACAUUAUCAGCAACGCGGAGUAUUACGGGCCAUCACUCUUCCUGCUCGCCACGGAAGUGGUGACGGUGUUUGUGUUCCAAGAGCCUUCGCUGUUGUCCUCGCUUCAGGAUAACGGGCUGACGGACGUCAUGCUUCACGCUCUGCUGAUAAAAGACGUGCCUGCUACCCGUGAAGUUCUGGGUUCCUUGCCAAACGUUUUCAGCGCACUGUGCCUGAACGCUCGCGGGCUGCAGUCCUUCGUGCAGUGCCAGCCCUUUGAGCGACUCUUCAAGGUGCUCCUGUCUCCUGAUUACCUGCCUGCGAUGAGGCGGCGCCGAAGUUCCGAUCCGUUAGGUGAUACUGCGUCCAACCUUGGCAGUGCUGUGGAUGAACUCAUGAGACACCAGCCAACUCUGAAGACUGACGCCACCACAGCGAUCAUAAAGUUGCUGGAAGAAAUCUGCAACCUGGGGAGAGACCCCAAGUACAUCUGUCAGAAGCCGUCUAUCCAGAAGGCGGAUGGGACAGCGAGUGCCCCGCCGCCUAGGUCCAGUCACGCUGCCGAGGAGGCCUCCAGUGAAGACGAAGAGGAGGAGGAAGUCCAGGCCAUGCAGAGCUUCAGCAGCAGCAUGGCUGCUCAGCAGAGCGAUCCUGAGCCCAACCAACAGGUGGUCGGGACAGAGGAGAGGAUACCCAUCCCACUCAUGGAUUACAUCCUGAAUGUGAUGAAGUUUGUCGAGUCGAUCCUGAGCAACAACACGACGGAUGAUCACUGCCAGGAGUUUGUGACCCAGAAGGGGCUGCAGCCACUGGUCUGCAUUUUGGGGCUCCCAAACCUUCCCAUUGACUUCCCCACUUCCGCUGCCUGUCAGGCCGUAGCUGGAGUUUGCAAGUCUAUUCUGACACUGUCGCACGAGCUGAAGGUCCUGCAGGAAGGCCUCAUCCAGCUGGACACCAUCCUGUCGUCGUUGGAGCCCCUGCAUCGACCCAUCGACACCCCCGGCGGCUCCGUGCUGCUGCGGGAGCUGGCCAACGCCGGCAACGUGGCCGACGCCACCCUCUCCGCCCAGGCCACCCCGCUGCUGCACGCCCUCACCGCCGCGCACGCCUACAUCAUGAUGUUCGUGCACACCUGCCGGGUGGGACAGAGUGAAAUCCGAUCUAUAUCUGUGAACCAGUGGGGCUCACAGCUGGGCCUGAACGUCCUGAACAAGCUCAGCCAGCUCUACUGCUCGCUUGUCUGGGAAAGUACCGUACUUCUGUCCCUCUGCACCCCUAACAGUCUACCGGCAGGCUGCGAGUUUGGCCAGGCCGACAUGCAGAAGCUGGUGCCAAAGGAGGAGAAGCCCGCCGCCGCUGCCACACCGGGUUCCGCGGCUGGAGUGAGGAGAUCAGAAGCUGAGAUGGAGGCGACAGGCGGCAGCGUGGAGACUUCAGCGCAAGGCCUCCUGGAGGGGAUAAGCCUGGACGGGGACACCCUCGCCCCGAUGGAGACCGACGAGCCCAGCACGUCCGACGCCAAAGGCAAGUCCAAGAUCACCCCAGCCAUGGCUGCACGGAUCAAGCAGAUCAAGCCUUUGCUCUCAGCGUCCUCGAGACUCGGCAGGGCACUGGCUGAGCUCUUCGGCUUGUUGGUCAAGCUGUGUGUUGGAUCGCCCGUGCGGCAGAGACGGAGUCAUCACCCCGCCAGUACGACGACGGCGCCCACACCAGCGGCACGUGGGACGGCCUCCGCUCUCACCAAGCUGUUGACGAAAGGGUUGUCAUGGCAACCACCCCCAUACACGCCAACCCCCCGGUUCAGGCUGACCUUCUUCAUCUGCUCGGUGGGAUUCACCUCGCCCAUGCUGUUCGACGAGAGGAAGUAUCCUUACCACUUGAUGCUGCAGAAGUUCCUGUGCUCUGGAGGACACGACGCCCUGUUUGAGACCUUUAACUGGGCUCUAUCAAUGGGGGGUAGAGUGCCAGUCACCGAAGGCCUGGAGCAUACUGACCUACCGGACGGCACAGGCGAGUUCCUCGACGCCUGGCUGAUGCUCGUGGAGAAGAUGGUGAAUCCCACGACUGUCCUGGAGUCCCCGCACUCUCUGCCUGCCAAGCCCCCUGGAGGCCAGAACUUCCCGCAGUUCAGUGCACUGCGGUUUCUGGUAGUUACCCAGAAGGCAGCCUUCAACUGCAUCAAGAACCUGUGGAAUCGCAAGCCCCUGAAGGUGUACGGAGGGCGCAUGGCCGAGUCGAUGCUGGCGAUCCUGUGCCACAUCCUGAGGGGCGAGCCGGUCAUCCGCGAGCGGCUGUCCAAGGAGAAAGAAGGCAGCAGGACGGAGGAGGAGGGUCCCCAGGAAGAAGGGACGGCACCGAGGCGGGAGCCCCAGGUGAACCAGCAGCAGCUUCAGCAGCUGAUGGACAUGGGUUUCACACGGGAGCAUGCCAUGGAGGCCCUGCUGAACACCAGCAGCAUGGAGCAGGCGACAGAGUACCUGUUGACGCACCCUCCUCCGCUCCUCAGUGGGGCAGUCCGCGUGAGGGAGCUCAGCAUGUCUGAAGAGGACCAAAUGAUGAGGGCAAUAGCCAUGUCACUGGGUCAGGAUAUUCCAAUGGAUCAGAGUACAGAAUCACCAGAGGAAGCAGCCCGUCGCAAGGAGGAGGAGGAGCGCAAGGCGCGCGAGAAGCAAGAGGAGGAGGAAGUGAAGAGCCUGGAGAGGUACCAGGACGCGGAGCCCCUGGAGCCUGACGAGCUGAACACCUUCACAGAGAAGAUGCUGCCGGGGUGCUUUCACCUGCUGGACGAGCUGCCAGACACGGUGUACCGCGUCUGCGAUCUGAUCAUGACCGCUGUCAAACGCAAUGGAGCCGACUACAGGGACCUGAUUCUGAAGCAGGUUGUGGAGCAGGUAUGGGAAGCCGCCAAUGUCCUCAUCAAAGCAGCACUGCCCUUGACCACGAGUGACACCAAGACGGUGGCAGAAUGGACGAGCCAGAUGGCCACACUGCCGCAAGCUUCCAACCUCGCCACCAGGAUCCUGCUGCUUACGCUGCUGUUCGAGGAACUCAAGCUGACCUGCGCCAGGAUUGUGGAGACGAGUGGUAUACUGGACGUCUUAAUUAAGUUGCUGGAGGUGGCCCAGCCUUGUCUUCAGGCUGCCAAGGAGCAGAAGGAAGUGCACACACCCAAGUGGAUUACUCCCGUUCUGCUGUUAAUCGACUUCUAUGAGAAGAUGUCGGUGUCCUCGAAGAGGAGAGCACAGAUGAACAAGUUCCUACAACCAACAGGGAAUAACUGGCGCUGGUUUGAUGACCGAUCGGGGCGUUGGUGCAGUUACAGCGCCAGCAACAACAGCACCAUCGACGCGGCGUGGAGGAUGGGGGAGACCAGCGUGCGGUUCACAGCCGGCCGGCGGAGGUACACCGUGCAGUUCAACACCAUGGUGCAGGUGAACGAAGAGACUGGAAACAGGCGGCCGGUGAUGUUGACUUUGCAGCGCCUGCCCCGGAAGGAGCCCAACUCCAAAACCAGCAGCUCCCAGUUUGUCCAGGACCUGGAGAAGACCCUGGAGGAGGGGAAAGAACCAGAACCCGAGCCAAAACCCAGUGAAGAGAAAACCAACGAUGCGGAACCUCCACCCGAGCCCACAGCGGAGAAGGAGCAGAGGGAGGAGGUGAAGGCCAACGACAUUGUCAUCCAGGGACUGACGGAGGAGCAGAUGACCGUGCUGAUCCGCUCAUGCGUCAGCAUGAUCAGCGUGCCGGUGGACCCGGACACCCUGCAUGCCACGCUGCGCCUCUGCCUGCGGCUGACCCGUGAGCACAAGUGUGCCCUGAUGUUUGCCGAGCUGGGCAGCACCCGCAUGAUCCUGAGCCUGACCCAGGGCUCCGGCUUCAACGGCUUCACCCCGCUCGUCACCCUCCUCUUCCGGCACGUCAUCGAGGACCCCUGCACGCUCAAACACACCAUGGAGAAGGUGGUGCGUUCGGCUGCCACCAGCGGGGCUGGCAGCACGACCUCCGGCGUGGUGUCGGGGAGCCUGGGCUCCCGAGAGAUCAAUUACAUCCUGAGGGUCCUAGGCCCAGCGGCCUGCAGGAACCCUGACAUCUUCACGGAGGUGGCAAAGAACUGCAUAAGGAUAGCCCUUCCUGCACCCCGAGGCAAUGGGACCGCCUCUGACGAUGAAUUCGAGAAUUUGCGAAUCAAGGGCCCCAACGCCGUGCAGCUAGUCAAAACCACCCCGGUGAAGCCCUCGCCGCUUCCAACAAUCCCGGACACGAUCAAGGAGGUUAUUUACGACAUGCUGAAUGCGCUGUCGGCUUAUCACGCUCCUGAUGAAGCUGAGAAGGUUGAAGUGAAGCUGGUGAGUGUAAACCAGGAACUGAGCCAGCUGCUUCAGGACGUGGGCGAUGACAUGUACCAGCAGUACCGCUCGCUGACCCGCCAAGGCAGUGACUUCGAUUCCCAGCAGAGCUUCACCAUCAACACACAGGUGUUUGUCGCGGAUGGUGCAGCAGCCGACGCCAACCAGCCUGGUACGUCUCAAGGAGAAGUUUCCACGCCAGAGGAGAGCCGGGAGGGCAAGAAGGACAAGGACGGGGACAAAGCUUCUGAAGAUGGAAAGCAGAAGGUGAAAGCCACCAAGCCCCUCAUGCCAACGUCCACCAUCCUGAGGCUACUGGCUGAACUGGUGCGCUCAUACAUCGGCAUUGCCACUCUGAUUGCUGGCUACAACUACACGGCUGGCCAAUCCGAGCUCAUUAAAGAGGAUUGCAGCGUCCUGGCGUUCGUCCUGGAUCACCUCCUGCCUCAGACUCAGAACGUGGGGGACAAGGACACCCCAGCGCUGGCCAGGCUCUUCCUGGCUAGCCUGGCGGCGGCGACACAGAGCACCGAGGCGCAGGCCGCGCUGGUCAAUGAGGUCAAAGCAGCCCUCAGCCGAGCACUGGCGAUGGCGGAGAGCACGGAGAAGCACGCCAGGCUGCAGGCCGUGAUGUGCAUCAUCAGCACCAUCAUGGAGUCCUGUCCGUCCACCUCGAGUUUCUACAGCAGCAACGCCGUCAAGACGCAGCACAACGGCAUGAACAACAUCAUCCGGCUCUUUCUGAAGAAGGGGCUGGUGAAUGACCUGGCUAGAGUUCCGCACAGCCUGGACCUGUCGAGCCCCAACAUGGCAAACACUGUGAAUGCUGCCUUGAAGCCCUUGGAGACUCUGUCUCGCAUUGUCAACCAGCCAAGCAGUCUCUUCAGCAGCAAGAACGCCUCAAGCAAGAACAAAUCAGAGCAAGAUACAAGCAUCACCAGCAGCGACGCUAAUGGCAACCAGCCAGAAGCCGGUGAGACUGGAGAGACGGAGACACACGAAGAUCAUGCCCCCACUGGAGUCGGUGACAACGACAUCAUGGACGGGGAGCCUGAAGCAGACACAGUGGUGAUAACCGGGCAGUCCGAAGUGCUGAAUGCCCAGGAGAUGCAGGUUGAGAACGAGCUGGAGGAUCUCAUUGAUGAAUUGCUGGAACGAGACGUGGAUACUGUGAGCAGCACAAUUAUCGCUUGCAGAAGUACUGAGGAUGAGUCCCAGGAGGAUGUGUUGAUGGAUGAGGCUCCCUCAAAUCUCAGUCAGGCGCCCACCCUGCAGGCUAACCGAGAAGAUUCCAUGAACAUCUUGGACCCUGACGACGAGGAGCACACACAAGAGGAAGACAGCAGCGGGAGCAACGAAGAUGACGAUGACAGCCAGGAUGAGGAUGAGGAAGAGGAGGAAGAUGAAGAUGAUCAGGAUGACGAGGAAGGGGAGGAAGAGGAGGGUGACGAAGACGACGAGGAUGAAGAGGGCUCGGAGAUGGAGCUGGACGAAGACUACCCGGACAUCGACGAGUCGCUUGUCCGUUUCGACCGGGAGGACGACCUGAUCAUCGAGUUUGACAACAUGUUCUCCACGGCAGCUGAUCCCUUUCGCCGAGACAAUCUGUUUGGGAGCUUUGGUGCAGCUGCCAGCCGUACAUUUCACCUCCCUGUGGCAGUGCACGAUGAAAAUAAUGGCAGUGACAUCAAUGCGGACAUCCCGCCUGCCCCGGGCAACAUCCCCGCCACGCACCCGCUCAUGGUACGCCACGCGGAUCACAGCGCCCUGACCCUGGGCACGGGAUCGUCCACCACCCGGCUGACGCAAGGCAUCGGGCGCAGCCAGCGGGCCAUCCGGCCGUUCGCCGCCAACACGGGCCACACGAUCCACGUGCACUACCCCGGCAACAGGCAGCCCAACCCCCCGCUCAUCCUGCAGAGGUUGCUAGGGCCCUCAGCCGCUGCAGACAUCCUCCAGCUCAGCAGCAGCCUGCCCCUCCAGAGCCGAGGCCGCGCCCGGCUGCUGGUGGGCAACGACGACGUGCACAUCAUUGCCCGCUCGGAUGAUGACCUGCUGGACGACUUUUUCCACGACCAAACGGCCACCACCAGCCAAGCAGGUACCCUGUCCAGCAUCCCAACCGCGCUAACCCGCUGGACCGAAGAGUGCAAAGUACUGGAUGCGGAGAGCAUGCACGAUUGUGUGGCAGUGGUGAAGCUGCCCAUCAUCCAGCACUUGGAGUCGCUGCGUGACGAGGAGCUGGAGGAGCGGAGGGAGAAGCGCAGGAAGCAGCUGGCAGAGGAAGAGGCCAGGAGGGAGGAGAAGGCCAAGGAGGAGAAGGAGAACAAGGAGCAGAAUGCACCGCAGGCUGCGGGUUCCACUGGAGCUGCCAACUCGUCUGUUCAAGGUGACAAGAACCAGACAGGCAUGUGCUCCAGCGCUUUGUCGGCCACGAACGAAGCCAUCAGCAACAUCGCAGCGUCGAUCGCGGAAGCUGCGCUGGAGGCCAUGAGGACCCACGGCCAGUUAACGGACACAGAGCAACCCGUCGUCGGCUCCACCGGGUUGGACACCCCCCGCCUGGAAAACUUCCUGCCUGCUCCCACCUCGAUGGAGGGCACCCCGGCCGCAGAGGCGCAAGCCCUGGGUGCGCUGGAGACGGCCCAACCUCCCCUCCAGUCCGGGGAGCAGUCUUCACCGCUGCAGCUGGCACCCACUGAGGAGGUGACGGCGCAGUCCCUGAUGCCUGUGGAGCCGGCUGAAGCCGUGCCAGAGAGACCAAGCGGAGAGGCCGAGGCCCUACAGAUGGAGAUGUCUCCUGCGCCAACCACAGCCUCCCAGUCACCUGAGAGAGUGGAGAGCUCAGAUGCCUUGGUGACAGUGGGCAGUCAGCUAGAGGGCUCACCCAUGGACACCAGCAGCCCAGUGUCUGGCAUCUUGGAGGAAGCGGCAGGAGAGGGCCUGGGCUCUGGGGCCGGCGAGCAGGACAGGCCGUCUGCCGAAGAGAGGCGGCCGCCCCCCGAGUCGACCGCUGCGGCAGAAGCCCAGGUGGAGCCAACCACCACCGGAGAGCUGAGUGUGUCCUCCUCCGUCACCUCUGUAGCCUUGCCUGCCAGAGACAGUGUGCCGGGCACCGGAGUGACUGCAUCCUCCGAUGCGCAACCCUCCUCCAACAGCGAUGAAGACCCUCUCGCAGGAAUCAGCCUCCCUGAGGGCGUGGACCCGUCCUUCCUCGCCGCCCUCCCCGAGGACAUCCGCCGCGAGGUGCUGCAGAACCAGCUGGGCAUCCGGCCCCCCAACCGGGCGGCGGCCACUGUGGCGGCCACGGCCGCAGCAGCAGCCGCCGCUGCAGCAGCUACCCUGGUGGGCAACCAGGCGGUCACCGAGGUCAGCCCCGAGUUCCUGGCAGCCCUCCCACCGGCCAUACAAGAGGAGGUGCUGGCCCAGCAGAGGGUGGAGCAGCAGCGCAGGGAGCUGGCGCAGACAGCCAACCCCGACACCCCCAUGGACCCGGUCACCUUCAUCCAGACACUGCCCUCUGACCUGCGGCGGAGCGUGCUGGAGGACAUGGAGGACAGCGUGCUGGCGGUGAUGCCGCCUGACAUUGCGGCUGAGGCGCAGGCGCUCCGCCGGGAGCAGGAGGCCCGGCAGCGGCAGCUGAUGCAUGAGCGCCUGUUCAGCCAUAGCAGCUCUUCCGCGCUUUCCGCCAUCCUACGGAGUACAGGCUUCACCGGUCGCCUGGGUGGAAACCGAGGGGUGCAGUACACACGCCUGGCCGUGCAGAGGAGCGGACCCUUCCAGUGGGGGAGUGGCACCCACAACAGAGCGUCCAGCAGCAGCAACGUGGACAGCCUGCUCCGGCUGCGCGGGCGCCUCCUCCUGGACCACGAGGCCCUGUCCUGCCUGCUCGUCCUGCUCUUCGUGGACGAGCCAAAGCUCAACACCAGCCGGCUGCACCGGGUGCUGCGCAACCUCUGCUACCACACGCAGACGCGCAACUGGGUCAUCAAGAGCCUGCUCUCCAUCCUGCAGCGCAGCAGCGAGAGCGAGCUCUGCAUCGAGACCCCCAAGCACCCCGAGGAGAAGGGCAAGAGGGCCACCAAGGCCACCCCAGCCGGCCAUGAGCACCGGCCCCUGGACCUGCUGCACAAGAUGGAAGCCAAGACCACCAGCCAGCUGUCCUGGCUCUCCGUCUCCAUGGACGCCGCCCUGGGCUGCCGCACCAAUAUCUUCCAGAUCCAGCGGUCGGGAGGACGCAAGCACUCGGAGAAGCAUGUGGGCUGCGGCUCAACCGUCCACAUCCACCCCCAGGCCGCCCCGGUGGUCUGUCGGCACGUCCUGGACACCCUGAUACAGCUCGCCAAGGUUUUCCCAAGCCACUUCACGCAGCAGAAGGCCAAAGAGGCAAGCGGUGAAACGGACAAGGAGAAGCUGAACAAGCAGCCUGUGACCAGCCCGUGCCUCGGCCAACCUGUGGGAGGAGGAGGAGGAGGGGGCAGCACCGGUGGCACCGGCACGGGCAUCUCCACGGACUUCUGGGACUUGCUUGUCAAGCUGGACAACAUGAAUGUCAGCCGGAAGGGCAAGACCUCGGUCAAGGCCACGCCAGCUUCCACCAGCGAAGGGGAGAACAGCCAGUGCAGCCUGGAGUCAUCCCCCCUGGGCCAGCUGAUGAACAUGCUCUCCCACCCCGUCAUCCGCCGCAGCUCGCUGCUGACCGAGAAGCUGCUGAGGCUCCUGUCGCUCAUCUCCAUCGCACUGCCUGACAAGGCGGCGGCAGAAGUGGCGGUCAACCACGGCGGCGCAGCCGAGGUGACGCUUGUCGGCUCCGUCACCUCAACUCCAAAAGCCACAAAGUCUCCAGCAAAGGCCACAUCAGAAGGGGCAGCCAGUACCACCGACAGCAAGGUCCAGAAUUCUGGCCUGACGGAGAAACAGCUGCAGCUCUCUGUGGAGGUGCUGACCUCCCACUCGUGUUCGGAAGAAGGCCUGGAAGACGCAGCGAACAUUCUACUUCAGCUCUCCAGAGGGGAGCCAGGGACCAGGGACACCGUCCUGAAGCUUCUGCUGAGUGGGGCUCGGCAACUGGGGUACACGCUGUGUCAGCAGAUAGGUACGUUACUCGCCGAGCUGCGGGAGUACAACCUGGACCAGCAGAGGCGAGCGCAGUCCGACGGCCAGUCGCCCGAGGGCACCCCAGACGACCACCCUCAGCUGACCAAGUUGAAAGGCAAGAUGCAGAGCAGGUUUGACACAGCCGAGAACGUGGUCAUCGUGGCCUCUCACAAGCGCCCGCUGGGCGGCAGGGAGCUCCAGCUGCCCUCCAUGUCAAUGCUGACGUCCAAAACUUCCACGCAGAAGUUCUUCCUCCGCAUUCUGCAGGUCAUCAUCCAGCUGCGAGACGCCACCCGGCGAGCGAAUAAGAAGGCCAAGCAGACGGGAAGACUAGGGACCUCAGCACUGGGCUCUGCGAGCAGCAUCCAGGCCGCUGUGAGGCAGCUGGAGGCGGAGGCCGACGCCAUAAUACAAAUGGUACGUGAGGGCCAACGUGCCAGAAGACAACAGCAAUCAGCCAUGUCCGAGUCAAACCCGGCAGAGGGAGCCUCGCGAAGGGACGAGUCGCCCAUGGACGUGGAUCAGCCGUCGCCAGCUGCUCAGGAGUCGCUGUCAUUGGGUUCUGAGGCGGGCCAGGCAGGCGAGAAGAAGGAGGAAGAGGAGAAGCUGCCGGAGUUGCCCCUGCUGAGCGAGCAGCUGAGCCUGGACGAGCUGUGGGACAUGCUGGGGGAGUGCCUGAAGGAGCUGGAAGAGUCGCACGACCAGCACGCCGUCUUGGUGUUACAGCCCGCCGUCGAGGCCUUUUUCCUCGUCCACGCGACCGAGAGGGAGAGCAAGCCCCCCGUGCGUGACACAAGGGAGAGCCAGCUGGCCCACAUCAAGGACGAGGCGCCGCCCCUCUCGCCUGCCCCCGUCACCCCAGCUACGCCUUCCUCCCUCGACCCGUUCUUCUCCCGGGAGCCUUCGUCCAUGCACAUAUCCUCCAACCUGCCUCCAGACACUCAGAAGUUCCUGCGCUUUGCAGAAACCCAUCGAACUGUGCUGAACCAGAUCCUGCGGCAGUCCACCACACACCUGGCAGAUGGACCCUUCGCCGUUCUCGUGGACUACAUUCGGAUUCUUGACUUCGACGUCAAACGCAAGUACUUCCGUCAGGAGCUGGAGCGUCUGGACGAGGGGAUCCGCAAGGAGGACUUAGCGGUGCACGUGAGGAGGGACCACGUCUUCGAGGAUUCGUACCGGGAACUCCACAGGAAGUCCCCGGAGGAGAUGAAGAACCGGCUGUACAUUGUGUUCGAAGGCGAGGAAGGGCAGGAUGCGGGUGGCCUGCUCCGCGAGUGGUACAUGAUCAUCUCCCGGGAGAUGUUCAACCCCAUGUAUGCCCUGUUCCGCACGUCGCCGGGCGACCGGGUCACCUACACCAUCAACCCGUCAUCGCACUGCAACCCCAACCACCUCAGCUACUUCAAGUUCGUAGGGCGCAUCGUGGCCAAGGCGGUCUAUGACAACCGCCUGCUGGAGUGCUACUUCACCCGGUCCUUCUACAAACACAUCCUGGGCAAAUCGGUCAGGUAUACAGAUAUGGAGAGUGAAGACUAUCACUUUUAUCAAGGGCUGGUGUACCUGCUGGAAAACGACGUCUCCACUCUAGGCUACGAACUCACCUUCAGCACAGAGGUGCAAGAGUUUGGUGUGUGUGAGGUGCGGGAACUGAAGCCCAACGGAACGCACAUUGUCGUGACGGAAGAGAACAAGAAGGAGUACGUCCAUCUGGUCUGUCAGAUGAAGAUGACUGGUGCGAUCCGGAAACAGCUGGCUGCCUUCCUGGAGGGCUUCUACGAGAUCAUCCCCAAGCGAUUGAUAUCGAUUUUUACAGAGCAGGAGUUGGAGCUGCUCAUCUCUGGUUUACCGACAAUUGACAUCGAUGACUUGAAGGCCAACACUGAGUACCACAAGUACCAGGUUAACUCCAUACAGAUUCAGUGGUUCUGGCGUGCACUUCGUUCCUUCGACCAGGCCGAUCGUGCCAAGUUCCUGCAGUUUGUCACCGGCACCUCCAAGGUCCCCCUGCAGGGCUUUGCGGCUCUGGAAGGGAUGAACGGGAUCCAGAAGUUCCAGAUCCACCGGGACGAUCGCUCGACCGACAGGCUGCCCUCCGCUCACACUUGCUUCAACCAACUGGACCUUCCAGCCUACGAGAGCUACGAGAAGCUCCGUCACAUGCUGCUGCUGGCGAUACAGGAAUGCUCGGAAGGAUUUGGCCUUGCCUGAAGCCGUGCGGGAAAGGAAGGAACAAACGGAGGACAAGAAGUAAAGCAGGCAGUACACAAGGGGAGAUUUUUUUUCUUUAAAAAAAACAUGACUGUAAAAUGCGCAUAACUUGCUCUCCUCGGACUGUCCUGGUAGGCUCGCUUUAAGACAAACCAACUCGUGUUACAGAGAGGCACCAAAUGUGUCGACUGGAUUUCUGGAGUGAGCUUCACAAGAGGGAGGGGGGGAGAAAAACAUACUGACUUUGGAAACUUUUUUUUUGAUUUCCCCGGACACCACCUGUUCCUCCUCCCCACCCCGUUAGGUUGCAUUUCCUUUUGUGUUUGUGCGCGCUUGUGUUGUCUUGACCUGCACAUUGACGGUGAAAGAGGAAUACUUUUUUUCUAUCAAAGCAAGAAUUGGCUCCAGUGUUGCCGAGAUCACUUGUUUCAAUGUCACUUUUCACGAUGCUAUUUUUUUCUUUUGUUACGUUUAUCUCUGCUGAAUCCAUUGCAAAUACUGAAGAUGUAAAUAAAUAUUACAGGAGUUUUGAUCCACAGGUGGCCCCUGUUAAUCCGAUCAGCAGCAGAGCAGUGACCGGACAAGAGGUCGAGGGUUAUUUUUGUGAAUCAUGAGAAGGCCGUUGGUUUUUAACUGGAUCCCCAUUUAAUCGGACGGUAACACGCAGACACAGAACAGCGACAAAGUUUAAAAAGCAGCCAGGGAGGGGAACAGAAGGGCAAGGAAAAAAGGCUUAAGUUGUAAAAUAUGUGCAGACAUAAAGUCAGUAGCCAAGUUCAUAUUUAUUCGUUUAGAUUUUUUGGAAAAUUCUGGAAUAAAUAAAAAGCUGGUUUGAUUCACUUAAUUCUACACUUGAAUGUUUAAACAAAAAAAAAGGAGAGAUUAAUCGGAAAAUAAUAAGGGACUUCCAAGAUCUGAAUUGGGAAGAUCCUGGGGUCACAACUUCAAAUGCGACCUCCUGUCCUUUUGCCUGCCUUGAAGUGGCUCCAGGAGUGUGUGAGAGAGAGAGGGAGAGGAGGGGAGGGGUUCUGUUAUGCCCAGUAGUACUUUGGACAAAGGAAAAAAAAAUUAUACAAAGAAGAUUCAUUAAAGGUUUAGUUUGAAAAA